AUGGCAGCAGCGGCGGCGACGGCGGGGCCGGGCGCGGGCAUUAUGGUGACGGCAGGCGCCGGCGUCGUGGGGCCCUGCGCGACGGUGUCGGUGUUCUCCGGCACCCGCCUCCUCACCAUUGGCGACGCGAACGGCGAGAUCCAGCGGCACGCGGAGCAUCAGGCGCUGCGCCUCGAGGUGCGCGCCGGCCCGGAGUCGGCGGGCAUCGCCCUCUUCAGCCAUGAAGAUAUAUGUGUAUUCAAGUGCUCGGUGUCCCGUGAGACGGAGUGCAGCCGCGUGGGCAAGCAGUCUUUCAUCAUCACCCUGGGCUGCAACAGCGUCCUCAUCCAGUUCGCUACACCCAAUGAUUUCUGUUCCUUCUACAACAUCCUGAAGUCCUGCCGGGGCCAUACCCUGGAACGGUCAGUGUUCAGCGAGCGGACGGAAGAGUCCUCCGCCGUGCAGUAUUUUCAGUUUUAUGGCUACCUGUCCCAGCAGCAGAACAUGAUGCAGGACUAUGUGCGGACAGGCACCUACCAGCGUGCGAUACUGCAGAACCACACAGACUUCAAGGACAAGAUUGUUCUUGAUGUUGGCUGUGGCUCUGGAAUCCUGUCAUUUUUUGCCGCCCAAGCUGGAGCAAGGAAGAUCUACGCAGUGGAGGCCAGCACCAUGGCCCAGCACGCCGAGGUCUUGGUGAAGAGUAACAACCUCACCGACCGCAUCGUGGUCAUCCCCGGGAAGGUAGAAGAGGUCUCGCUCCCUGAGCAGGUGGAUAUCAUUGUCUCGGAGCCCAUGGGCUACAUGCUCUUCAAUGAGCGCAUGCUCGAGAGCUACCUCCACGCCAAGAAGUACCUGAGGCCUGGUGGAAACAUGUUCCCUACCAUUGGUGAUGUCCACCUCGCGCCCUUCACGGAUGAACAGCUCUACAUGGAGCAGUUCACUAAGGCCAACUUCUGGUACCAGCCUUCCUUCCAUGGAGUAGACCUGUCAGCCCUCCGAGGUGCCGCUGUGGAUGAGUAUUUCCGGCAGCCUGUAGUGGACACAUUUGACAUCCGGAUCCUGAUGGCCAAGUCUGUCAAGUACACGGUGAACUUCUUAGAAGCCAAAGAAGGGGAUUUGCACAGGAUAGAAAUCCCAUUCAAAUUUCACAUGCUGCAUUCUGGGUUGGUUCACGGUCUGGCUUUCUGGUUUGACGUCGCAUUCAUUGGCUCCAUAAUGACUGUGUGGUUGUCCACGGCCCCAACGGAGCCCCUGACCCACUGGUACCAGGUCCGAUGCCUGUUCCAGUCACCACUGUUUGCCAAGGCUGGGGACACGCUCUCAGGGACAUGUCUGCUUAUUGCCAACAAAAGACAGAGCUAUGACAUCAGUAUUGUGGCCCAGGUAGACCAGACGGGCUCCAAAUCCAGUAACCUCCUGGAUCUGAAAAACCCCUUCUUCAGAUACACAGGCACGACACCCUCACCCCCUCCUGGCUCCCACUACACAUCCCCCUCAGAGAACAUGUGGAGCACAGGCAACACCUACAACCUCAGCAGUGGGAUGACUGUGACUGGGAUGCCAACUGCCUAUGACCUGAGCAGUGUUAUCUCUGGCGGCGGCUCCAGUGUGAGCCACAACAACCUGAUUCCUUUAGCCAACACAGGGAUUGUCAAUCACACCCACUCCCGGAUGGGCUCCAUAAUGAGCACAGGGAUUGUCCAAGGCUCCUCUGGCACCCAAGGCAGCAGUAUCGGAGGCUCCGGCGCCCACUAUGCAGUCAACAGCCAGUUCACCAUGGGCGGCCCUGCCAUCUCCAUGGCCUCACCCAUGUCCAUCCCAACCAACACCAUGCACUACGGGAGCUAG